CGCGUGAACCGCCCCCCUCCCCUUCAUGUAACAUGAUUAACUGAUUUUCGAGAUCCUUCUAUCUUCUUCCUCUAUAGAUAGACGCCACAGGAUUCGCGAAAUCACGUACCGGGCCGCCAUCAUUUGAUCUUCUGGAUCCGAUUCGAGGAGCUUGGAAAGAAAAAGAGAAGAAAUCCCAGUCGUCCUUUAGAUGUUUUGGGAUGCAAUGGAGUCAAGUCUUGGGCGCGGCCCCUUCACGUGAACGGGCCCCUUCAGCACCCUCUCAGUCGCUCUCGCUUUGCCUUUUUCUAGGAAAGGACUGCUCGUUUUCCCGGAAAACCGAGCGGCGCUGAGACCCUUUUGGGGAACAGUCCGACUGGAGGGCGAUGGAGAGGCGGGUGGAGGGAGGAGUGAGGGAGCGCUCCGUCUCUAGCUCGCCGAGCUCAUCGUGUGGUGGCGUGGACGGUAAUGGAGGCGGCGGCGACAGCAUCGUCGAGGACUUGAUAGGAGCGAUCGAGAAGGCCGGGUCCUAUGGCGGGUACAGGAAGACGCAGAAGAAGGAGUGUGUGAAUCUGGCGAGGAGGUUGAAGCUGCUCGUGCCGCUUCUGGAAGAGAUUGGAGAGGCCCGCCGCGCCGCGGAUGUCCCCGGCGAUGCUUUGGACGCUACUCUGGCUCAUCUCAGGCAAGCUGUGGUUGCGGCUAACAAGUUGUUGAAGCAAUGCCACUGCGGAAGCAAGAUUUAUCUGGCGCUGGAGAACGAGGCGGUCAUGAGUAGAUUCCAUGCUGCUUACGAUCAGUUAAAUGAGGCCUUGGAUGAAAUGCCUUAUGAUGAGCUCGGUGUCUCAGUUGAAGUCCAGGAACAAGUUGAGCUUAUGCGGAUGCAACUCAAGAGGGCUCAGAAGAGGAGGGACACCCAGGACAUGGAGCUGGCCAUGGAUCUGAUGGUGGUGCUAUCGGAGAAGGACGACCGGAAUGUGGACAAUGCCAUCCUACAACGCCUCGCUAACAGAUUGGAGCUACGGACCUUCAGCGAUCUGAAAUCAGAAACGGCUGCUCUCAGGAAGCUUGUGAAGCGGUUUGGAAAAGACGCGCACAACGUCCGGCAAAUGACGGGCUUGUUUGGUAAGUUCAAACGGAUUGCGGGGUUCGACGAGCCGAACGCGCCGGAUUGUUCUUUUCCCUUGAGGACUCUGGAAAAGUCGCCGUCCUUCUCCGUUCCACAUGAGUUUUUAUGCCCGAUCGCGCUAGAGAUAAUGACGGAUCCUGUUAUUGUCGCCACCGGACAGACCUAUGAAAGAGAGAGCAUACAGAAGUGGCUGGAUUCGAAUCAUCGGACGUGCCCGAAGACCGGACAAAUCUUGGAUCACUUGUUGGUGGUGCCGAAUUACGCUCUCCGCAACUUUAUUCUCCACUGGUGCGAGAAGAACGGCUUCGAGCUCCCCAGAAAGGCUAUCUCCGUUGGUUUCGGCGGCUCUUCAAUUGAACUCACGAAGCAAAUAUCAUGCCUUGUACAGGAUCUGUCAUCUUCUCAGCCAAAUGAGCAAAGGGAUGCGAUCCUGAAGCUCCGGGCUCUCUCCAAGGAAAAUCCUGAUAACAGGAUCCUGAUAGCCAACCUCGGAGGAAUCACGCCGCUGGUUCAGCUCUUGUCGUUUCCAGACUCUAAAAUCCAAGAACACACCGUGACUGCACUCCUGAACUUGUCCCUCAACGAGGCGAACAAGAGAGUGAUUGCCCGAGAAGGCGCUAUUCCUGCUAUAAUUGAUGUACUGCAGAACGGAACGGAUGAGGCAAGGGAAAAUUCUGCGGCGGCCUUGUUUAGCAUAUCGAUGCUCGAUGAGAACAAGGUGCUUGUGGGAUCCGCGAAUGGGAUUCCCCCUUUAGUGGAUCUUCUGAAAAAUGGAACAGUUCGAGGCAAGAAGGACGCGGCUACCGCACUUUUCAACUUGUCCUUGCACAAAGCAAACAAGUCCAGGGCCAUCAAGGCGGGCGUCAUACUGCCAUUGCUCGAUUUGCUUGAGGACAAGGAUUUGGGAAUGGUCGAUGAGGCGCUCUCGAUCUUGUUGCUUCUCGCAUCGCACCCCGAGGGGCGAAGCGAGAUGGGGCGGCUGUCUUUCAUCAAGACACUAGUGGAGAUCAUCAAGAACGGGACACCCAAGAACAAGGAGUGCGCAACAUCGGUGCUGCUGGAGCUGGGGCUGCAGAACUCGUCUUUCGUGUUGGCCUCACUUCAGUACGGAGUAUACGAACAUCUGGUGGAGAUCACCAGAAAUGGGACUAAUAGAGCCCAGAGAAAAGCCAAUUCUCUGCUGCAGCACAUGAGCAAGUGCAAGCACAUUCCCUGAGACGGCUCGAAAUGUGCGGCUUUUCUUUCGACCCCUGAUCACACUUUCCGAGCUUUCGACAGCGACUCCACGUCUGUGUGGUCCUUUGGACAAGAGGCGAGUACCCGAAUGGUGAGUCCUGUUCUUGUUCUUGUAAGAACAUGGCAAUGAAGUUUCGGUUUGAGUUGAAUUAGCAGCGAGAGAACGUCUUCUAUCAGCCGAGACUGUGAGCUUGAUGGAUCUGCAAGGCGUGCAAGAGUUCUGGUCAGCCGCCUCCGAUAGUUGCAUAUGGUGUUUGCUCAAAGGGCAGCCAGAUGCAGUCUUUCCAAGAUAAUCUCACUAAACAGUCUGUUGCUUCAACUGCUGUAACAGACAACUUUAGAAGCGAUUCUUGAGAAGUUCUUACGGCAUAGUUUCAUUGAGU